UAACCAAUCUCUCCCAUUCGAAAUUGUUUUGGGAUAUGGCAGCAGCAGCAGCGUCAUCUCUUGCUCUCUUCCACAAACCCACCUGCAGUUUCUAUUUGGGCCCUUUCUCUGCUCGGAGCUCAAUCUUCCCUUUGAAUCGGAGGAGACUCUGCGCUUUCUCUGCUCCUCCUCCUAAAACUAUGGCCGAUCUAGUCAAAACCCAUGCUUGGAGAGACAUAGACGGGGAAGAAGGGUUUCAGGCGUUGGAGCAAGAGGGUUUUACUCCGUCCAACGAUUUGGUCUCCGGUGGGAUCAACGCCGUCGCUAAUCGUCUGAGCAAAUGGGUGGUAGCUGCUGUGUUUGGAUCGGUUCUGCUUCUACGACAUGAUGGUGCAGCCUUGUGGGCUGUCAUUGGCUCCGUUUCCAAUUCCGCCCUUUCCGUAGCUCUCAAACGCAUCCUUAACCAACAGAGACCUGUUGCAACUCUGCGUUCUGACCCUGGGAUGCCUUCUUCUCAUGCUCAGUCCAUUUCUUUCAUCUCUCUCUUCUCUGUUAUGGAGUGGCUUGGAACCAACCAACUCUCUCUUUUCCUUACCGCCCUCAUCCUUGCUCUGGCUUCUUACUUUGUAUGGUUGAGGGUUUCCCAGAAGCUUCACACCGCCAGUCAAGUGGUGGUGGGUGCAAUCGUGGGCUCUGUUUACUCCACCUUGUGGCACAUAACGUGGAACUCACUUGUUCUCCAGGCUUUCGCCUCAUCAUUCUCCGUACAAGUAGCUGUAUUUACGGUUGCUGCUGCAUCUGCUCUGGGUUUUGCAGUUUAUGUGCUACUUAACUGGUUCAAAGAUGACAAAGAAAAUAUAAGUAGAGGGUUAUAAAACCAUUCCUUUGUUUCCCAUUUCACUCCAUUACCACUUUGUCUUCUGUUUCUCGUCACAAAACGUUAAUUAUUAUUUUUAAUGUAUAAAACGAAACCAAUAGAGAAGCAAGUGCUGCUUGCUUUA